UUUUCACAGCUGCUUGUGAUCAGUUACCACUAGAUACUGAAUAGAUCUAACUGAAACCUGGGUCUGAUAGAAUAAGUGAAAAGUCAAAUAUGUGUAUGUCCAGCUUGCACAAUUCCAUUCUAUAUCGACUUAACUUAUAGUUUCUAGGUAUCAGUGGACAAGCCAUGGCUCCAAGGUCCCGUCGACGAAGGCACAAGAAACCCCUAUCAUUGGUGGCUCCCAUGGUUGCAACCCUGUCCACAGUUGUGACCUCACCCAUGGCUGUGACCCCUGUGCCUCAGACCCUCUCAAAACCUGGCCCUAGCAUUGAUGCACUUGGCUUCUUCUCCUUGGAGAGUAAUGUUCCUGGCCUAUCCCAAUUGAUCCUUGAAAAGCUGAACAUGAAAAGCUAUGAAGAAUACAAGUUGGUAGUAGAUGGAGGUAUUCCUGUAUCAGGUUUUGGAUUUCAAUGUCCUCAAGAAAUGUUCCAGAAAAUGGAGGACACAUUCCGAUUCUGUGCUUACUGUAGAGCACUCCCUAGUGACCUUUCAGACUCCAAGAUCCUACGCCAUUGCAAGAGAUGCAGAAAUGUCUAUUACUGUGGGCCAGAGUGCCAGAAGUCAGACUGGCCAGCACAUAGGAGGGUUUGUCAAGAGCUGAGUCUCGUAGCUGUGGACCGUCUUUUGGAAUGGCUUCUGGUCACAGGUGAUUUCACCCUACCCUCAGGACCUUGGCCAUGUCUGGCUGAAGCUGUACAAGACUGGGACACCUGGUUUUCUAUGCGGUGUUUACAACUAGAUGCUACCCUGGAUGCUGUGCUCAGUAGUCAUGCCAUGACUAACCUGUGGGCCAGUGUAGAACGGCCAAGGCCAGACCCAGUUGUCCUCCAGGGCUCUUUGAAGCGGCUACUGACAGAUACCCUAUCACGACCCUUGACACUGGGCUUAGGGAUUCGGGCCUUCAGGGUAGAUGUUGGGAAUAUUGGGGGAAGCACAGUGCAUGUGGUUGGUGCUUCCCAUGUGGAGACAUUUCUCACUCGCCCUGGGGACUAUGAUGAAUUUGGCUACAUGUUUCCUGGACACCAUGGCCUACGUGUGAUUAUGGUAGGUGUAGAUGUGGCUGCUGGCUUUUCACAGAGCACCUUCACAUCACCCCUGGAACCUGGCAGAGUUCAGCUUAUUGGCCAUAGAGGACUCUAUCAUGACUUCUGGGAGGAACAGGUAGAGACUGGACAGACACCCCAUCCAGACUUGGUGGUGGCAUUCCAUCCAGGUUUCCAUGCUUCCCUGGACUUAAUAGAGGCUUGGCUUCCCACCCUCCUGCUGCUUCGUGAUUAUGAGCUCCCUACAUUGAUUACUGUUUACAGUCAUCAGGAGUUGGAGGCCUCUAUACAGAUUCUGCUGGACCUGGAUAUACACAUCACUACCUGUGGAGCUAACCCUUUUGCAUCUCUCAAACCUGAACAGGUCUAUUCCAACCCCAACAAGCAGCCCGUAUACAGCAGUGCCUACUACAUCAUGUUUCUUGGAAGCUCCUCCCAGCUGGAUAAGAAGCAGUUGGAAGAGCAAGUAGAUGGUGGGGUUUAAAUAGCUGAGCCAGACCCUGAUUAAUGUUAGAAAAUGGGGAAGGUGUGAUAAAAUUACCCUGCUUAUACUAGAUUGUUGCCAACUCUGAAACCCACUGUAUUCUAACCCACUUGGCUAGCUGAAGAUUCUAAGCUAAACAGGAGCAUUUAUAUUGUGUGACUCUUUUCUAAAAGGUUAACCAUACGUUUCUAGUGAUAGGAUUGUAGAAUUAGGGUGUGGCAAGAGGCCUGCCUAUUCAGAUCUUUUCAGAGGCUACAGUUCCUAACUAUCCUUUGUGAGAAAGUUACACUCAAAAGUUUAACUUGAAACUGAUGGUAAUGAGAAGAAUGACAUCUUAGCCUUCCGAAAAAGACUUCCUUCUUAUCCAUCAAUAAGUCUUAAUGACUUAAAAGUGGUACGCGAAUGGGCAAUUUAGAGAAGUUGUUGGGAACACAAGGGAGGCUGUCAGAAUUGACACACAGUUAUGUUUCCCGACUUUUUAAAGUUAAAUGUCUCAUUUUCCUAUUUUCUCUUGGGGAAUUCUGACUCCAGAAUAGCUUUUUGCUCAGGUGUUAUAUUUUAGAUGUCCAGGGCAUAUCAGACUUUACUUGAAUAUACUGGAGUUAUUUGUUAUCACCUGUUCUAAAGCACAAUAAACUCAUUUUAGGGCUUAUUAAGUCAUUUGCUUUAACUUAUUUCCUAGUCACUGAGGAUUAUUACUUGUUUACACACAAGGCAUUAAGAUUGGAGGUUUCUAUUUUGCCAACAGAGUGGCUAUAUCUUCUCUGUUUGGAUCUGCCACACACCCUAUCAUACUAGCCUUGUUUUUUCACUCUGAAGAUUUGGGUAUUCUGUCACUGAACUACUUAAAAGAUAAAAUUGUACCUUCUGUGAUAAUAUGAAUGGAACUUGAGGUGAUUAUGCCAAGUGACAUCAAUCAGAAAGUGAAAGACAGUUACUAAUGGUUUUACUUAUUAGUGAAGUGAGUGAUACAAAUAAAGAAAAUAGAUUAUAAAAACAACAAAAAUAACUGAAAAAUGGUGGUUGUUAGAGGUGGGGAGGGAGGAGAGAGUGGAAGGGGCUAAAUGUGAUAGUGUAAUGGCAUCAGAACUUGGGUAGUAAGAGAAUGGCCCCUUCGCACAUCUCAAAGUGUAAAGCUAUACU